AUGUCUUUCAUAGAAAUGUGUGUCAAGGUGCCUACCGCGGCCUCAUCGACCUCUCGACAAGCUGCGGAGACCGUUCAGAGUUCCUCUCCUGUGCCUGCCGAGUCGUCGUCGUCGUCGCCUCCACAAGCCGGGAUGCCUGCUCACAGGGUCCCGCCUCUCAUCCGACUGCAAGUUUGGCACUUUUCCAAGGCAGGCAGAAACUUUGCAUUCACCCGCUCCCUUACCGAGAAACUUUCAAAAGUCGAUCUUCCGGGCUGGCUCGUCCAACCAGCAAAUUCUGCCUCUACUGGGAGGAACCGCAGGGAUGAGUUUGUGCCCGCCGUGGUUGAUUUCAAAUACCAGCCCGUGUUCCGGGGGGGCCAUGACACUGCCCCCGAGGAGCUCCUGCGAGUGUUCUUCCAUCAGACUCUGCCACCCAUCAUCCAAGACUUCUUCAAUGAGGCUAGAAAGGAAGCGCAGUGUGUAACCAUGUUUCCUUUCGGCGAAUCUGUUGAUCGCUACGCCAUUACCAAGUACACACAUGCCCGACUUCUUCAGGCCUUGGUCGUGGACCCCGAUGUUGUGGCCGGAAUCAUCCAUCAAAUCUCCAAUGUAGAUAAGUACACUCGCAAACUUGCUUACAAGCGCAUCGGAGAACUUGCUAUCAAGGCUGUUCAAGGACGUGACUUGCAAGAUGAGUGGCUCGCAAUCGGGACAUGGCUCUCCAGGAAGGCUGUUGUCAGGGUAGUUUCCAAAAGCCGAAGGAAGACAGCCUACGACAGGUCUUCAGCCGCUUUCAAGUGCUAUCAAGAGCUUGAAACCGCUCUUGAGCUGGACUGCAAGAAGCUUUUUGAGCCAGGUGCCGUUGGAAACCAGGAUCUGUAUCUCAGCAUCGCUCAGACGUCCAUCGCUUUCCAGAUUGUCCCAUUCUACAGAAAAGAGCGAGAACAGUACCUAGAGCGGUUCUUCAGGACGGCCAUCCGCAUCCUCUGCCUCGCAUCCCCUUUCGUGUCGUUUAUCGCCUGCGUUUACUUCUGGAACAAGCGUAAAGAAUUCGACGAGCUCGGUUGGGAUUGGGCGAUGGACAAGUGGGCUUAUUUUGAUCAAAGGUAUCAGUACACGAUCUACUGGAAGAACAGUCUCGGCAUGUUGCUCUUAUCGCUCUUGGUUGCGCUGAUCAACUUUGUCGAAUAUCACUCGCUCAGAUUCUUCAACAAGAGAACCGACAGGAAGAUCAACGAUCUGAGGGUCACCCAGGGCGCCUUGGCGGCCAGGUUCUGCGUUCGGGUGCUCAAGAUGCCGCCAGAGUUCAUGACCGCGACCGAGCGCCAGACGGUCCUGUACUCUUUGGGCGUCAAUUUCCAUGACGAGACCCCUGAGAUACAGGGCCGGUGCCUCGAUGCGUUUCUCGCCAAGGUGGGUUAG